AUGGCUCUGAAUAUGUAUUCUCUUCUAAAACUAGUCCUGAUUUGUUCUUUUUUGCCUACUAAUAGCCCCUCGAGUUUGAAUUAUCCUGCGGUGUUCAACUUUGGGGACUCAAAUUCAGACACUGGUGGAAUAGUUGCCGGAAAAGCUUUUCCACUUAUACCACCUAAUGGAGAAACCUACUUCCUUGAACCCUCUGGGAGAUUCUGCGAUGGUCGCUUAAUCAUUGAUUUUCUAAUGGAGGCAAUGGAGCUUCCAUACCUGAACCCAUAUUUGGAUUCCGUUGGCUCUCCCAGUUUCGCGACAGGGUGCAAUUUUGCAACCGGAGGGUCUACCAUACUUCCAGCCAAUGCAGUUUCAACAAGCCCUUUUUCCUUUAACCUUCAGCUAUCUCAAUUCUUCAGAUUCAAGAAUCGAGUCAUUGCAUUACUCUUGGAAGAUAAGGAACUUCAGAGAUAUCUCCCUCCAGAGGAUUCUUUCAAGCAGGGCCUUUACAUGUUUGAUAUUGGCCAGAAUGAUCUUGAUGCUGCAUUCUACUCUUCAACAUCAGAGGAACAAGUACUUGCUUCGAUUCCUAAAAUUCUGUCAGGACUCAAGUAUGGAAUUAAGAGAUUAUAUGAUGCAGGAGCAAGGAAUUUCUGGAUUCAUAACACCGGUCCCCUUGGAUGCUUGCCAAGAAUUAUUGCUACAUUUGGAAAAAACGCAUCGAAUCUAGAUGAGCUUGGUUGCAUAAUUUCACACAACCGAGCAGCAAAUGUUUUCAACUUGAAACUCUAUGAUAUCUGUCUUAAGUUCCUGGCACAAUUGCCUGAAGCCAAUUGCACUUUCGUUGACAUUUACUCAAUAAAGCUAAACCUUAUUUCAAACUAUUCUCUAUAUGGAUUCCAACAACCUUUAGCAGCAUGCUGUGGUUAUGGUGGGCCUCCAUUGAAUUUUGACACUAGGAUUACUUGUGGUGUAACUAAGAAUCUGAAUGGGAGCAUAGUGACAGCAAACUCAUGCAACAACACUGCUAAGAAUAUAAAUUGGGAUGGAAACCAUUAUACAGAAGCUGCAAAUAGAUUUGUUGCAGACUUAAUACUAUCAGGAAACUACUCUGAUUCACCUCACUUGGCGAAUGCACCGUUAAUUCUUACCUAAGCAAAGAUGGGGAAUGAAGCUAAUGUUGUUGUAUUCAGUUUUUACUUCAUUUGUACCACUUUAUGAGAGUUGAUAUAUAUUGCAAUGACAGAUAGAUGUUAAAAGCAUGGCCAAAUAUGUUGAAUAAAGACAAUUUGUGAAAUCUUUUGUUCUGGUGAAAACAGAAGGGUUCAUGAAAAGAGUUGUAAUUCGAAGUAGUGAAAUUUCAGCGUUUGCAGCUUUCAUCUUCUAUUUCCGUUAUCAUGUAUAAUGAAAAUU